AUGGAAACAAAGAAAGGUUCACUCGACUGGAAAAAUCUCCAGUAUGACCUCCAACCAUGGAUCAAAGAAGCGAUUGCCUCGUUGGGGUUCCCUACCAUGACCCCAGUACAAGCUGCUACGAUUCCUUUACUUAGUGGGAACAAAGAUGUUGUCGUAGAAGCAGUGACUGGUUCAGGCAAAACUCUUGCAUUUGCUAUACCCGUCUUACAGAAAGUCUCGAACCGUUUGUAUGACUCACAAGAAGAAGGCGAAGCCCCCGAAAAAGUUAAACAAGGACACAUGCUUGCUAUUGUAUUAUCUCCUACUAGAGAACUCGCUAGUCAAAUCCAAUCCGUAUUCAACAAUGUCAUCGAAUAUUUACCUGAAGAUAAAAUUCCUAUUAAAACACAGUUGCUUGUGGGUUCCCUUUCCACAGUGAGAGAUGACUUGGAUCGUUUCUUGAAAGAUAAACCUCAUAUCUUGAUUGCCACACCUGGUAGAAUGCUUGACUUCAUGUCUUCACAAUAUGUAAAAAUGAAUUCGGUAGAGAUAGCUAUUUUAGAUGAAGCAGACAAGCUAUUGGACUUCUCAUUCGAAAAGGAUGUUGUUAACAUCCUAAAGAGAUUACCAAAACAAAGAAGAACGGGACUUUUUUCAGCUACUAUUUCAGCUGCUGGAAAUACAAUUUUUAGAGCAGGCAUGAACAACCCAGUGAAGGUGGCUGUGAAGUCCAAGUCUACCACUGCCAACUCAGCUCCUUCAGCAUUGCAUAUCUCCUAUCUAAUGAUAGAACCAGAAAAAAAGAUCACUACUUUAAUAAAGUUAUUGCACGAUUACAGAUACAAGAAGUGUAUUGUAUAUUUCCCUACCUGUACAUCUGUUAAGCACUUUUAUUCUAUCUUCCAGAAAAUUGUCAAUGGAAAUGACAACACUGAAUCGUUCAAAUUCUACUCAUUACAUGGGCAGCUUGCUACCAAACCAAGAUUAAGAACAUUGCAAAGUUUCACGGAUGGAGAUGUGGCAUUGAACAAACAUAUCUUGAUGACCACAGAUGUAGCAGCCAGAGGUAUCGAUAUCCCAGAUGUAGACUUGGUUAUCCAGUUAGAUCCUCCAACUGAUCCAGAUGUGUUUUUGCACAGAUGUGGUAGAACUGGAAGAGCCAAUAAGGUUGGGCGUGCUAUUGUCAUGUUAAACGAUGGUAGUCGAGAGCUAGACUAUGUUGAUUUCAUGGAAGUGAAGGGUGUAGCAAUGCAAGAAAUGCCAACGCCAGACUUGAACCAGAGUGACCAUCAACAGUUCCAAGACAAACUCAGAAAGUAUAUGCUUGAUGACAGGGCCCGCCAUGAAAUUGCAAUCAAGUCGUAUGUUGGAUUUGUCAGAUACUACACCAAACAUAUGGCAACUUCUAUCUUCAGAUACCAGACUUUGGAUUAUCUUGGGAUAGCUAAGAUGUAUGGGUUGUUGAGAUUACCCAAAAUGCCCGAGUCGAAAUAUAUACCUAAUGAUAAUAUGCCUGAUGAUGGAUGGCUAGGCGAACCCAUCGAUAUGGACAAAUAUAGUUAUGCAGAUAACCAGCAGGAAGCAUCGAGAUUGGAAAACUUGAAUGCAGAAAAGAUCAAGAAGAUAGCUGAUGCAAAGAGGAGAAAGGAGUUGAAGGUCAAAAAUGAAGCAUGGUCCAGUAAGACAGAAACAAAGGAAACGAAACAAGAAAGACGGGAGAAGAUGAAGAGAAAAAGAGAAGCCAUUGAAAAACAGAUCAUGGAAGAAUCUUCGGACGACGAAGAGACAAAAGUCGACUGGAAGGACAUCGUAAAGAGUAACAAGAAGAAAAAGGCAAACUCUGGCCUGAUGCAAGGUUCAUUCGAUGAUUUAUAG